AUGGAAAUACACAAUGUAACAGUGUUGAACGAAUUCAUUCUCAUGGGAAUCACAGACCACCCAGAGCUGCAGGCUCCAUUAUUUGUGCUGUUCCUCAUCAUCUACCUGAUCUCAGUGGCGGGGAACUUGGGCAUGGUCAUCCUCACCAAGAUGGACUCCAGGCUACAAACACCCAUGUACUUCUUCCUCAGACACCUGGCUUUUACUGAUCUUGGUUAUUCAACAACUGUGGGCCCCAAAAUGUUAGCAAAUUUUGUUGUGGGUCAAAAUACAAUCUCCUAUUAUUUUUGUGCCACACAGCUGGCUUUUUUCAUCAUGUUCAUUAUUAAUGAACUUUUUAUUCUGUUACCAAUGUCUUACGACCGCUAUGUGGCCAUCUGUAACCCUCUACUCUACACAGUCAUCAUGUCCCAAAGGGUAUGUCAGGCGCUGGUGGUAAUCCCCUAUCUCUACAGCAUAUUUGUUUCUCUUCUAAUCACUGUCAAGAUUUUUAAUUUAUCCUUCUGUGGUUAUAAUGUCAUCAGACAUUUCUACUGUGACGCUCUUCCCUUGUUAUCUUUGCUCUGCUCAAACACACAUGUAACUGAACUGAUUAUUCUGAUUUUCUCAGCUUUUAAUUUGAUUUCAUCCCUUCUAAUAGUUCUUUUGUCUUACCUGCUCAUCCUUGUAGCCAUUCUCAGGAUGAACUCUGCUGAGGGUAAACGCAAGGCUUUUUCUACCUGUGGAUCCCACCUGACAGUGGUCAUAGUGUUCUAUGGGACUCUGAUAUUUUUGUAUGUGCAGCCCAAGUCUGGUCAUUCCUUUGACACUGAUAAAGCGGCUUCCCUAUUUUACACCCUCAUUAUCCCCAUGUUGAAUCCCUUGAUCUAUAGCUUGAGGAACAAAGACGUAAAAUAUGCUCUACAAAGGAUAUGGAAAAAACUAUGCAAUAUCUGUUCUUAA